CUUAAAAAUCCCUCAUGGUGGCCAACCCACCCGCCCCACAAUAACCUGCCUAGAGAAAAAUCGUAGUACUAAACCAGUAGUCUCCCCUUUCCUUCCCCGAGACCCUUUCCUGAGAGUUGCUUUGCUGCUCAGCUUUCCUUGUUCAGCUUCAAAUCUUCCUGUCUCAAGAGUUCGUCCCGGCCGGAGCACAGAUAAACCAAAAGAAUCAGAAUGUUGUUUUUCUCCUAUUUCAAGGAUUUGGUAGGCAGAGAAGUCACUGUGGAACUAAAGAAUGAUUUAGCAAUUCGAGGGACCCUCCAUUCGGUCGAUCAGUACCUCAAUAUCAAGCUUGAAAAUACUAGGGUUGUUGAUCAAGAAAACUAUCCCCACAUGCUUUCGGUGAGGAACUGCUUCAUUAGAGGGUCAGUGGUGAGAUACGUCCAGUUACCACCAGAGGGAGUUGACAUCGAACUGCUUCAUGAUGCAACUAGAAGGGAAGCUCGUGGUGGCUAAAGAUCUAGCAAUGACAUUAUUGUGCAUGAGCCUUGGAUUGAGAUAUUUGACGUAUCAGUUUUAUGGCUUAUAUUUGUAUUAGCAAACUUCUCAAUUGUUUACUUUGUAGAAUGUGGUUGGUCAGAAAUGUUUUGGAGUUCACCGUACGGGAUAUUUUUAAGAUGGCCUUGACAUCGUUUAUAUUUGAUAAGUUGUUUCUUGGA